AUGUUAUCAUCUUCAUCUAAGUUGUUAUCGUCGCCACCGUUGGCAUCAAAGUCGCAAUUGAAAUCGUCAUUGACAUUGUCAUCAAAGUUUUUUUCGUCAUUUCCAUCUUCGUCAGAAUCUUUACAUUCAUCACAAUUGUUGUCAACUUCUACAUUGCUACAACCGUUUAUCUCUCCCUCACCAUUUUCAACCACAAUAUUUUUUGGAGCUCGAUUGUCAACGUCAGCAACAACAUCGACAUUAGCUUAUUCAUCGUCAUUUACACCUCAAUCUUUUCCACCAUAUUCCAUAAAAUCAACAUAUCAAUCUCCGUCAGUACUGUCCAAGUCAUCAUCGCUGUCUCAAUCAUCAUUAUAUAUCCAAAAAAUAGCAUUGCCUUCAUUGUUAUCAACAUUAUCAUCUCCAUCAUUAGUGUAUGCGUCCUCAUCAGCAACUGCAUCAUCGGUAGCAUCUUUGUCGCCAUCAUCAUCUACGUCGUCAACAUUAUCACUAGCAAUGCCAUCACCAUCAGCAUCUCCAUCAGCACAAGCAUAUAUGACAUCAUUACUAACAUCUGUGAUAUCGGCGAAAUCUAUGUCACCAUCAGUACGUCCAUCAUCAAUAAUAUCUCUAUUGCCAUCAGCAGUUCAAGUUUCAACAUCCGCAAAAUCAAUUAAACUUACAUCGACACCAAUACUUCCAUCAGUUAUAUCCCCAUCAUCGAUAUUAACAAGAGCGUCUAAACCAUUAUCAGUAUCUCCUUUAUCAUCAUCGGUCACCUUAUUAACAUCAACAUCAUUAGAAAAAUAUGUGCCAUCAUCAGCACCUCUAACAUCAGUAGCAUCAAUAUCGCCAUCAGCGAAUCUAUCAACAGUGCAAUAUACGUCAAAAUUAGGAUCUUCAAAGUUGUCACAGSUAGAAAAUUCUUCUGCUUUAGAAUCCGUGUCGUCAUCAGCAGCUCCRUCAACAUUAUUUGAYAYAUCAAAAGCAACGAUGUCAAAACUCUCAUCUAUUUCGUCAAUAAGAAAUCGAUCAAUACUAACAACUAAUUCAUUGUUGUUGUUAUCAUCUAAUCCAGCAGCAGCAUCCACAACCAUGUUGGCAUUUUCGUGGUCACUAGAAAAUCCCUCUUCAGAUAAAUUUGUUUUAUCAUCAGAAGCUCCAUUAUCAGGAACAUCAGCAGCUUUAGAAACAUUUCGGUCGUCAUUAGCAUCUUUACCAGUAGAAUCCACUUUAGCAUCUGUUUCGCAAUCAACAAUUCUACCAUCACCAGCUUCUACUUCCCUUUUCGCAACUAUGUGGACAUUAUCUGCUCCGUCAUUAGUAGUAUCUGCAUCAUUAGAGACAUCAGAUACUUCAUUAUCAGCAAACGCUGUAUCAAUAUCCGUCAAUUUAUCAACGUUGGCAUCAUCAGAAACAUCUUUGCCAACAACAACAGCUCCAACAUCAGUAGUAACURCAACAUCAAUAAAAUAUCUGUUAUCAUCGUCAAUCCCAUUCACAGUAGCGUCAUUAGUAGAAUCGAAAUCAAAACAUCCAUCGUCAGUAGCGUCUAAGUCAUUGACAGAAUCUGUUUUGUCGUCACCAACUCCAUUUUCCACUGYAUCGAUGCCUUUAGUAAAAUUUGUUUCGUCAUCAGCAUCUCCAUUGUCAGCAUUUUCAACGUCAUUAGUAGARUCGAUUUCAACGUCACCAAAUCCAAAGUCAGUAGAAUCUACGUCAUUAUUAGAAUCUUUUUCGUCAUCAGUAACUCCAUCGUCCGUAGCUUUUACGGUAUUAGUAGCAUCUUUGUCAUCAACAACUCCCUCGUCAUCUGUAUCUACAUCAUUAGYAGAAUCUACGUCGUCGUCAGCAACUCCAUUUUCAGCAGCAUUUGCGUCAUUAGAUAAAUCUGUUUCAUCGUCCGCAAGCCCAUCGUCAGCAGGCACUACGUCAUUAUUAGUAGAAUCGGUUUCAUCUUUACCAACUCCAACCAAGUCCACUGUCAGCAGCCUCUACAUCAUUAGUAGUAUCUAUGUCGUCAUCAACUCUCUCGUCAGCAGCCUCUUCAUCAUUACAAUUCCAUCGUCAGUAGUAUCUACGUCAUUAGUAGAAUCUGAUCCAUCGCAAGCAAUUCCAUCGUCAGUAGUAUCUAAGUCAUCAAUCGAAUCUGUUCCAUCACCAGCAAUUCCAUCGUCAGUAGUAUCUACGUCAUUAGUAGAAUCUGAUCCAUCGCAAGCAAUUCCAUCGUCAGUAGUAUCUAAGUCAUCAAUCGAAUCUGUUCCAUCACCAGCAAUUCCAUCGUCAGUAGUAUCUAUUUCGUCAGUAGAAUCUGUUCCAUCAGCAGCAAUUCCAUUGUCAGCAGCAUCUACGUCAUCAGGAGAAUCUGUUUCAUUGUCAGCAACUCCAUUAUCAGCAGAAUCUACGUCAUUAGUAAAAUCUGUUUCAAAGCUAACAACUCCAGGGACAGCAGCAUCUAUGUCAUUAGUAGAACCUUUUUCAUCGCCGGCAACUCCAUCGUCACCAGUAUCUACGUCAUUAUUAGAAUCUGCUCCAUCGCCGGCAACUCCAUCGUCAGUAGCAACUACUUCAUUACUAGAAUCUACUCCAUCGCCAGCAACUCCAUCAUCAGCAGUAUCUAAGUCUUCAGGAGAAUCUGUUUCAAAGCCGGCAACUCCAUUGUCAGCAGCAUCUACGUCUUUAGUAGAAUCUGCUCCAUCGCCAGCAACUCCAUCGUCACCAGUAUCUAAGUCAUUAGUAGAAUCUGUUUCAUCAUCAUCAGUGUCUACGUCAUUAGUAGAAUCUGCUCCAUCGUCAGCAACUCCAUCGUCACCAGUAUCUACGUCAUCAGUAGAAUAUGUUUCAAAGCCAGCAACCCCAUCGCCACCAGUAUCUACGUCAUUAGUAGAAUAUGUUUCAAAGUCUGCAACUUCAUUGUCAGCAGCAUCUACGUUAUCAGUAGAAUCGCUUUCAUCGUUAGUAACUCCAUCGUCACCAAUAUCUACGUUAUCAGUAGAAUCUGUUUCAAAGCCAGCAACUCCAUUGUCAGCUGCAUAUACAUCAUUAGUAGAAUCUGUUUCAAAGCCAACAACUCCAUCGUCAGCAGCAUCUACGUCAUUAGUAGAAACUUUUUCAAAGGCAGCAGUUCCAUUGUCACCAGUAUCUACGUCAUUAGAAGAAUCUGCUUCAAAGCCAGCAACUCCAUCGUCAGUAGCAUCUACGUUAUCAGUAGAAUCUCUUUCAUCGCCAGCAACUCCAUCGUCAUCAAUAUCUACGAUAUCAGUAGAAUCUGUUUCAAAGCCAGCAGCUCCACUGUCAAAAACAUCUACGUUAUCAGUAGAAUCUGUUUCAUCGCCAGCAAUUCUAUCGUCAGCAGCAUCUACGUCAUUAGUAGAAUCAGCUCCAUCGCCAGCAUCUCCAUCGUCAGCAUCAUCUACGUCAUUAGUAGAAACUGUUCCAUCGCCAAUAACUCCUUCUUCACCAGUAUCUACGUCAUCAGUAGAAUCUGUUUCAUCGGCAGGAACUCUAUUGUCAGAAGUAUCUACGUCAUUAGUAGAAUCUGCUCCAUCGUCAACAACUCCAUCGUCAGCAGCAUCUACGUCAUUAGUAGAAUCUGUUUCAUCGCGAGCAACUCCAUUGUUAGCACCAUCUUCGACAUUAAUAGAAUCUCAACUCCAUUUGUCUACGUCAUCAGUAGAAUCUGUUUCAUCGUCAGCAACUCCAUUGUCAGUACCAUCUUCGACAUUAAUAGAAUCUGUUUCAUCGCCAUUAAUUCUAUCUUCAGCAGUAUCUACAUCGCCAGCAACUCCAUUGUCUACAGUGUCCACGUCAUUAGUAGAAUCUGUCCCAUCGCCAGCAACUACAUUGUCAGCAGCAUCUACGUCAUUAGUAGAAUCUGAUUCAUCGUCAGCAACUCCAUUGUCAGUAGCAUCUACGUCAUUAGUAGAAUCUGUUUCAUCGCCAGCAACUCUAUUGUCAGCAGUAUCUACGUCAUUAGUAGAAUCUGUUUCAUCGCCAGCAACUCCAUUGUCAGCAGUAUCUACGUCAUCGUUAGAAUCUGCUCCAUUGUCAACAACUCCAUUGUCAGCAGUAUCUAGGUCAUUGGUAGAAACUUUUCCAUCGCCAGCAACUCCAUUGUCACCAGUAUCUACGUCAUUAGUAGAAUCUGCUCUAUCGCCAGCAACUCCAUCGUCAGCAGCAUCUACGUCAUUAGUAGAAACUGUCCCAUCGCCAGCAACUACAUUGUCAGCAGCAUCUACGUCAUUAGUAGAAUCUGAUUCAUCGUCAGCAACUCCAUCGUCACCAGUAUCUACGUCAUUAGUAGAAUCUGUUUCUUCGCCAGCUACUCCAUCGUCACCAGUAUCUACGUCAUUAGUAGAAUCUGUUUCAAAGCCAUCAACUCCACUGUCAGCAGCAUCUACGUCAUCAGUGAAAUCUAUUUUGUCGUCACAAACUCCAAUGUUAUCGGCAUCUAUGUCAGAAUCUAUUUCGUCAUCAGUAAAACCAUCUCCAGUAGCUUCUAUGUCAUUAGUAGCAUCUAUGUCGUCAUCAACAUCUACGUCCUUACUARAAUCUGUUUCAUCGUCAGCAWCUCCAUUKUCAGCAGUAUCAUCGUCUUUAGAAACAUUUGCUUUGUCGUCAGAAACUCAAUUGUCAGUAGUAACUUUAUCAUUAAUAACAAAAAUGGCKUCACCAGUAACUCUAUUAGCGUCUACUUCAUUAGUAGAAUCUKUUCUGCCAACAGUAACUCCAUCGUCAGCAGCAUCUUCGUYAUUAGUAGCAAGUAUGCCGUCACUAGCAACUUCAGUAGCAUCUACGUUAUUAGUAGGAUCCGUUUCGUUGCCMGUAACUCCAUYGUUAUUAGCAUCGMCUAUGUUAAUAGAACGUCAGUCAUUCGUCAAUCCAUCAUCAGCAACAUUUACAUCUAUUGUGUCKUCAUCAGCAAAUAUAUCUUCAUUAACAUCUAUAUUGUUAGAAGAAACUACAUCAUUACUAAGAAUUACCUCAUUAAAACUAUCUUURUCUUUAUCCGUAACUGAAUUACCAGCAGCUACACGUUUAAUAAAAUCUGUUUCGSCAACAWCUCUAUCGCCAGCWACAGCAUCCUCAUUAGAAAGAUGGACCCAAGCUACAAUUCCAUCAGUUGCAUCAUCUACAUUGCCAGUGUUGUCAAUGGCCCGUCUGYCCUCUAUAACRUCUCUGUGGUCCUCUGCAAAUCCAGCGYCUUUGUUGGUUUCAACAACUGCGUCAUCUAURGCAGCAACUACGUCUUUAGUGGAAAAGACAUUAGUAACUGAAUCAUCAACAUCAUCUGUGUCAUCAUCGGCAACUCCAUUAUUAUUAUUAUCAGAUUUAUCACCAGUGUCUACAUCGUCAGGAUUCUUUAUAUCGACAUUGUUUUUGAUUUCAUCUUCAGCUACUCCRUCAUCUGUAACAUCUACGUCAKCAUCAACUUCUCCUACCGCAUCAUUAGUGGCAUCAGRUACCUCAUUAUCAGCAGCASAURUAUCAUCAUCAGUUACUCCAUCAUUCGUAGCAUCGAGAUCAACAACAGCAUCUUCAAUUCCACCGUCUACAGCAAGGCAAUCGUUAUCGUUMUUAUCUGCGUUAUCAUCCACUUUUUCACCAUCAUCAUCUAUAUCUCUGCCUUCGCCAGCUUCUGCUUUCCUACCUUUCGCYACAUCACAUCAGUCCUCACCAGCAUCGCGAAUAUCACUAUUUCUCGCACCUUCAGCAUCAUAUCAAUUCUUAUUCUCUAAUGCUACCUUGCUAACAUACGGGUCUUCGUUUACACUUUCACAAUCCAUAUCACUUUCGUUAACUUYACCAGCAUCUUCACAGACUAAUAUAUUGCCAUUAACACYUCCAYCGACAUUAUCACAUGCAUUUUCAUCAGCAGUUCUAUCAUCAGUAGCACCCUCAGCUACAAAUAAAUCAUCAUUAUCACUGCCAACGAUACCAGCUAAUUCAUUGACAAACGUUUCAAGUACAAUUUCUUCAUUGCCGUCUACAUUGCCACCAGUAUUGCAGUUGCUUACCUCUUCCUCCUACACACUUAGACCAUCACAUCCACCAUCUGGUUUGUUUGAGUCUUCAUCAAAACUCUCAACAUCUACAUUAACUUCGGCGAAAAUGAUUAAGCAACGCUCUUCAUUCUUAUCAUCAACAAAAACCCUCAUCAUCUUAUCGGUUGUUAAAGAACCGUCUUCUACUACCUCACUAAUAGCAACAGUAACUAAGCCAACGAAAAGUUUUGAAAAAAAGUUGUCUUCUCUUGAUUCAACUUCAUCAACAGUUCUGCCGGGAUUUUCAUCACCUGUGUUUUCAGUAUUAUCUUCUGUAUCAAUAGCAACAUCUUCAGAAGCAUCUCGAACAUUAACACCCACGACAACAUCAGCAACUCUAUUGUCAUCAUUGGUAUCAUUGCCUUUAACAAAAGUGCCAACAAUUUCUCCGUCAUCAUCAUUACUAACACUUAGCUUCAACUUCUCAACAAAUGCCACUCCAUCGCAAGCAACAAUGCUCAUAACAAACGUUUCAAGUACAAUUUCUUCAUUGCCGUCUACAUUGCCACCAGUAUUGCAGUUGCUUACCUCUUCCUCCUACACACUUAGACCAUCACAUCCACCAUCUGGUUUGUUUGAGUCUUCAUCAAAACUCUCAACAUCUACAUUAACUUCGGCGAAAAUGAUUAAGCAACGCUCUUCAUUCUUAUCAUCAACAAAAACCCUCAUCAUCUUAUCGGUUGUUAAAGAACCGUCUUCUACUACCUCACUAAUAGCAACAGUAACUAAGCCAACGAAAAGUUUUGAAAAAAAGUUGUCUUCUCUUGAUUCAACUUCAUCAACAGUUCUGCCGGGAUUUUCAUCACCUGUGUUUUCAGUAUUAUCUUCUGUAUCAAUAGCAACAUCUUCAGAAGCAUCUCGAACAUUAACACCCACGACAACAUCAGCAACUCUAUUGUCAUCAUUGGUAUCAUCGCAACAAAAACUAAAAAUUUCUAUGUCGAUCUCGUCUUUCAAAGAUUUUAGAACUUCAAGCUUCAUAUCUGAAACAACAGAGUCAUCACCAGCAUUAUUUGCGAGCAUUAAGUCAUCAUCAUCUUUGUCAAAAGAAAAAACGUCUUCAUCAACGAGGUUGACAUUACCAACACCGGCAACGUCUAAAUCACCAUUUUUCACAAUUGAAACUUCGUCAACAAUGAAAACGACUAAAGAMCUUACAUCUUCACAUUCAGUUAUGAUGUAUUCCUCGAUCAAAAUAUCAUCUUCGCUUGGUAAUAGCACAAUCCAGUCUUCACCAGUUUUAUCAACGUUAUCAGCUUCAAGUACUAAAAUCGUUAUCAUUAGGACAUCACCCUGGUCUCAGUGGACUAAAUGUAGCACAACCUGUGGUGGCGGAGUUAGAAAGAGAAUUCGUACUUGUGGUAACGAACCAAGCAAUGGGUUUGUUUGCCAUUCUUCUGAAACUGAAGGGUGUAGUUUUCAACAAUGUCCUGUUCACGGUGGAUGGACGACUUUUAAUGAUUGGCGAAAAUGCAACACUCCUUGUGGAGAUGGACUACAAAUACGUAGACGAAGCUGUACAAACCCCGAGCCUAAAUAUGGAGGAGAAAGCUGUGCUGGAGCAAAUGAAGAAAGCAGGCCUUGCCAAGGCAACAAAGCAUGCCCACGGGUUAGAACAAGGUAUACAGUAAAGCUUAAAGAAGAACUUUGGGACGACAAGCUCUACAAUCUUAACACGGCGGAAAGCAAAGCCUUGAUUUUAAAAAUCGAAACUCAGGUUAAGAGYUAUGACAACUACGAUAAGGUCCUAAUGGACAUCAAUGCUUUUAACUUCAGGUAA